AUGUCCAGUACUGCAUCCCAAAUUAUGCUCAAUCAGAGUUUGUUUGAGGAUCAAGAUUUGUCAUCACAACUUGGAUUUUUCCCUAUCCAUUCAAACUUCACCUCUUUUCAAUUGGGGUGCAAUCCAUCCCUUAAAACUCUUGCCAUGUUACCUCCUUCUCUUGCAGUAGAUGGACCGGUUGCCCUUUCUGAGUCCUUUGCCCAAAAGCAAAAGGAAGAAAUUCCAUCUCAAUCUGCAGGAUCCCAAUUUUUUUCAUCGCAAAGAUCCACUCCGAAUUACUGGACAUGGGGAGGAAUGAAUGAUACCAUGAGCAUCAAGAGAAGUGGAGGGGAAGACUAUCUCGGGGUAUCGGCAAUGAAGAUGAAGAAGAUUAAGGCAAGAAGAAAGGUAAGAGAGCCCAGGUUUUGCUUCAAGACCAUGAGUGAUAUAGAUGUCUUGGAUGAUGGUUACAAGUGGAGAAAAUAUGGCCAGAAAGUGGUGAAAAACACCCAACAUCCCAGGAGCUAUUAUCGUUGUACUCAGGAUAACUGUCGUGUGAAGAAACGCGUGGAACGACUAGCAGAGGAUCCAAGAAUGGUGAUAACCACAUAUGAAGGGAGGCAUAUACAUUCACCAUCACAUGAUGAGGAUGAUUCUCAAGCUUCAUCUCAAUUCAAUAAUUUCUUCUGGUAG